AUGCUUGAAUCUGGAACUUUCAGUUCUGAUAUGGGAGGUAUACAAGCCAUUAACAAGGACAAGAAGCUUUUCUUGGUUUCAUUAUACUAUUUAAUCUGGGGUGAAGCUGCAAAUGUCCAUUUUCUUCCAGAAUGCAUUUGCUAUAGAUUCCACCAUAUGGCCAGGGAAUUCAAUGCCAUUUUGGAUCAUGGACAAGCUAGCCCUGCACAGAUUUUUAUUUGUGAAGAUAAUUCAGUUUCCUUUUUUGCACAUGUCAUUCAACCAAUUUACAACACACUCUCUAAGGAAGCAGAACGAAACAAUAAUGGGAAAGCUGCCCAUUCGCAUGGCGGAAUUAUGAUGAUUUCAAUGAAUAUUUCUGAGUCGGUCUCGGAUGGUGAAGGAAAUCCAAUGCAGAAGCCAAACAAAAGGAAUGAUAUGGAAUCAGAUAGCAGCCAAAAGGAGAAGGAGGAUGAUGCACGACUGCAAGCAGAAGCCAAGGCAGCUGAAGAUGCUUGGAGGCGAGUGAAGGUGGAAGCUGCUGCAGAAGAAAAAUAG